ACCUCAAAUUAAGGAUAAAUGGAUCUUAUCUAUCCCACGAAUGAAUUAAAAUACACACACCCCCAACUUACAUUAGCAAGAAAGAUUCCGUUGACUUCGUCUCAUUGUUGUACUGUAUACACGUAAUUAAGAGGAAGCAGCUGAAAGAAGCCUCAAAUGGAGUACUUAUCACUUCUGAAAAUGGAGAUGUUAAGCAACGUGAUAGCAACAAUAUGUGUUGCAAUUUUAUUGGUAUAUACAUGGAAAGUGUUGAAUUGGGCAUGGUUUAAACCAAAGAAAGUGGAGAAAUACUUAAGACAAAGUGGUCUUAAGGGAAAUCCAUACAAGUUACUGUAUGGAGAUUCGAAGGAGCUAACAAAAAGUGUCAUUGAAGCAAAGUCUAAGCCCAUCAAAUUCACUGAUGAUAUAGCUCAAAGGCUCAUCCCCAUUUUCCUUAACGCCAUCAACAAAAAUGGUAAAAGUUCUUUCAUCUGGCUAGGCCCAGACCCAUUGGUGUUGAUCACAGAUCCUGAACAUGUAAAGGAGAUUUUCACAAAGAAUUAUGUGUAUCUAAAGCGAACUCAUCCCAAUCCAUUGACCAAGUUAUUGGUUCAAGGUCUUGCAAAUAUUGAGGGAGACAAAUGGGCCAAACACAGGAAAAUCAUCAAUCCUGCCUUCCAUAUCGAGAAGUUACAGCAUAUGCUGCCAGCAUUUUAUCUGAGCUGUAGUGAAAUGCUAAGCAAAUGGGAGGACAUUGUUCCAAAUGAAACAUCGUUCGAGCUCGAUGUGUGGCCUGACCUUCAAAUAAUGACUAGUGAAGUCAUUUCUCGCACAGCAUUUGGGAGUAGCUAUGAAGAAGGAAGAACAGUAUUUGAACUUCAGAAAGAACAAGCUGAGUAUGUAAUGGAAAAAGCACGUUCAAUUUAUAUACCAGGAUCAAGGUUCUUGCCUACUAAAAGAAACAAAAGAAUGCUGGAAAUCGAAAAGGAAAUUCAAACGACAAUUAGGCGUAUCAUUGACAAAAGAUUGAGGGCAAUGGAACGAGGGGAGACUAGUAAAGAUGACUUAUUGGGCAUAUUACUUGAAUCCAAUUUGAAAGAAAUUGAACUUCAUGGUAGAAAAGAUUUUGGAAUGACUAUAUCAGAAGUGGUAGACGAGUGCAAACUAUUCUAUUUUGCUGGACAAGAGACAACUUCAGUGUUGCCCGUAUGGACAAUGAUUUUGCUGUGCUUACAUCUGGAGUGGCAAGUACGUGCCAGAGAGGAGGUGUUGCAGGUCUUUGGAAAUGAUAAACCAGAUUUGGAAGGACUAAAUCGCUUGAAAAUUGUAACGAUGAUCUUGUACGAGACGUUAAGGCUAUUCCCCCCAUUUCCAGUAUUUGGUAGAAGGAUUCAAGAAGAAGUGAAAUUGGGAGAGCUAAAUCUACCGGCCGGAGUGGUACUUGUUAUACCCGCAAUCCUAGUACAUUAUGAUAAGGAGAUAUGGGGUGAAGACGCAAAGGAAUUCAAACCAGAAAGAUUCAGUGAAGGAGGGUCAAAGGCAACAAAUGGAAAGGUCUCAUUUAUCCCAUUUAGCUGGGGACCCCGUGUUUGCAUCGGACAAAACUUUGCAAUGAUGGAAGCAAAAAUGGCAAUAGCAAUGGUACUACAAAAAUUCUCCUUUGAACUAUCACCAUCUUGUGCACACGCUAUGUACGAAAAAUACAACGUUAAAUUUCUCUCUCAAAAGUCCAGCCGUGUGAAUCCCACACGCUGCCUUAUGGAGCCUCCUGGCAGCCCUAAUACAGCGCGUCUGGUGGGGGAACAGGCCCAUACCACAGGGGCGACUACAUUUACGGAGGAAAUUGCACAGAAACCUUCUUACGCGAAUGCGAUUGUGACACCACCAUCAAUUCCACCGCGGGGCAAUCGAUAUGGUUAUCCAUCCGUUAAGACUAGAAGAACCAAUCACAACGGAGUUCGUACUGUUAUCUUCAAAUCCAAAGACUACUAUGGAAUCAUGGCUAAAGAGUGUAAAUUUACCCUAAUUGGAAAAUUUGUGAGAGGUCGGCCAAAGAUUGAAGUCACACGAGCUGCUUUCUCCAAGAAAGUCACAGUGAAAGAGACUGUUGUUAUUGGGGCUUAUGAUCACAACUCGGUUUUCAUUGAUUUUACCAAUGAAGACGAUUGCAAAAGAACAUACUUCAGGAGAUUAGUCGAUAUCAAUGGGGUCUAG